GUUUCCCCAUCUGUAAAAUGGAGGACAUGCUGCCAAACCCCGCUUGAAAACCGCUGCCAGAUGCAGAAAUUGUAACCAAAUCGCUCAGGUGAUGCUCAUCAGCUGUCACGCAACAGAUCAAGGGCACAGGACACUCCACUUCAGCAGCCUGCAUCUCCUAAGCCCUGUGACCAGCGAGGCUAGCGCCAGCCUGGACCAGCAGUGAUGAACGGAGCAGACCAGGAAUUCUGUCAGCCCUAAGAGGGAAUUGGCCUUUCCCAUCCUCAAAGCCUAAUUAACCAAAUCAUCCGUGUUUGCGGGAGGCUUUAGCAGGAGCUGAGGGGCAAGAGAGGUCAGAGGAGGAAUGGCUAAUGGUGAGCACUGUCUCCAUGUGGGUGGUGGGUGCUGGUGGGCGCACCGACAUUGUCACCCGCAGAGCUUGGCGUCUUCCUGGCCCUGCUGUGGCUGCGUGUGGGGUAAUGGAGCCCAGCGGGGCGCGCAGGAGCUGGGCUGGGGCCAUGCUCACUCCUGCUGUUACCGUGCUGCCGAUGCCCUGUUUGUCCCAAUUUCCCAGUUGGGGGCGGGGGGGGGGGAAUGGCAAUGGUGGUCCACAACCACCCCCGCGGGGUAAGUCUGCGGCACAGGGAGGGGGGCUCACGGUGCUGUGGGCCCCAGGACCCUGUCCCAGGGCAGGUAGGCAGGGUGACACGGGGUGGUGGAGACACCGGCUGGGUGACACGGGGCUGGGGGAGCCCAGGCGGGUACCCGGGCGUGCUGGCAUGGGCUCGGGGAGCCCAGGGCUGGGGGACCCCGGGCGGACCCCUCCCCUCCGGGCACCGCAAGGCGGGGAGGAGAGGAGGAGACACCCCCCCACACCCUUCCCUGCGCUCCGCCACGGCGGUUCCCCCCUCCCGCAGCGCAGCCCGGGGCCGCGCAUCGUCCCCGUCCCCGUCCCUCCCCCGCGCUCCCGGGGCGGCGCGGCCCGGCCCGGCGGGGGGCGCGGGGGGCGGCUCCCACGGCCGCUCCGCCGCGCACGGCCAGGCACGGCGGGCGGCGGGGAGAGCCGGGGCCGGGCCGUGCCGGGGCAGGGCCGGGGUCCGUCCGGAGCCGCCGCCGCGCCGCCCCCGGGGCUGCGGCUCUGCCCGCGCCGCCGCGCCAUGGGCAGCCGGGGAGCGGGAGCCGAGCGAGGAGCCGAGGCUGGCUGUGCCGGACACUUUGCUGUCUAAACAUCCCCGAUCUCAGAUGCCACAGCAGACCCAGAUGUUGGUGCGGCCCCAGACCUGCAGAACGGCACAUGGGGGAACAGUAGUGAGCCCGUAAGACCAUGCUCUACACAAUGACAUGGUGGCUUCUGGUCCUGGUCCUCCACCUGGUCCUCCUGAGCCCCCCGCAGGUGGCAGCCUGCCCUGCCCGCUGCGAGUGUGCCCCGCAGAUCAAGUCGGUGGUGUGCCACCGCAAGCGGCUCACCUCCAUCCCUGAGGGCAUCCCCACCGAGACCAAGAUCCUGGAGCUCAACAAGAACCGCAUCCGCUGCCUGAACCCGGGGGACCUCUCCCCAUACCCGCUGCUGGAGGAGCUGGAUUUCAGUGAGAACAUCAUCUCCAAUGUGGAGCCGGGCGCUUUCAGCAACCUGUUCAACCUGCAGACCUUGCGGCUGCGGGGGAACCAGCUCAAGCUCAUCCCACCAGGGGUCUUCACCAAGCUGACCAACCUCACGCUCCUGGACAUCAGCGAGAACAAACUCGUCAUCCUGCUGGAUUACAUGUUCCAGGACCUGCGAAACCUGAAGAGCCUGGAGGUGGGCGAUAACGACUUGGUGUACAUCUCCCAGCGGGCCUUCUCAGGGCUGCUCGGCCUGGAGCAGCUGACCAUCGAGAAGUGCAACCUGACCUCCAUCUCAGCGGAGUCACUCUCCUACCUCCAGAACCUGGAGGUGCUGCGGCUCCGGCACCUCAGCAUCUCUGCACUGGAGGACCAAAACUUCAAGAAGCUCUACAACCUCCUGCAGCUGGAGAUUGACAACUGGCCGCUGCUGGAAGACGUCUCCCCCACCAGCUUCCAGGGCCUGAACCUCACCUCGCUCUCCAUCACCUACACCAACAUCACAGCCGUGCCUGCCGCUGCCUUGAGGAACCUGGUGUACCUCCGGUACCUGAACCUGUCCUACAACCCCAUCAGCACUGUGCAGAAGGGCUCCUUUAAAGACCUCAUCCGGCUCCAGGAGCUCCACAUUGUGGGCGCUCUCUUGAUAUCCGUGGAGCCGCAGGCUUUCUCCGGCCUGAGACAAAUCCGGCUGCUCAACCUCUCCAGCAACUUUCUCUCCACGCUGGAGGAGAGCACCUUUCACUCCGUCAACACGCUGGAGACACUGCGGGUGGAUAGGAACCCCCUGGCCUGCGACUGCCGCCUCCUCUGGAUCCUGCAGCGGCGGAAGACGCUCAACUUCGACGGGCAGCAGCCCAUGUGCUCCUCGCCCCCUGAAAUCCAGGGCAAUGCCCUGCGCGACUUCCCAGACUCUGUGCUUUUCGAGUACUUCACCUGCCAGAAGCCCAAGAUCCGGGAUCGGAAGCUGCAGCACGUGACAGCCCAGGAGGGGCAGUCCGUGUCCUUCCUUUGCCGGGCAGACGGGGAGCCAGACCCCUCCAUCGCCUGGGUGUCCCCCCAGCACCGCAUGAUCACCACCCGCAGCACGGGGCGGGUGACCGUGCUGCCUGGGGGCACCUUGGAGAUCCGCUUCGCCCAGGUGCAGGACAGUGGCACCUACAUCUGCAUCGCCAGCAACGCAGGCGGCAACGACACCUACUUCGCCACCCUGACAGUCAAGGGUCGCCCAGCUGAUGGCUCCCGCUACGCAAACCGGACUUUAUACCUCAGCGAGUUCAAUGACACCUCCCACAAUGACACGCAAGUCUUCUUGAAGUUUACGUUGGACCUCAAGACCAUCCUGGUCUCCACGGCCAUGGGCUGCAUCACCUUCCUGGGCGUGGUGCUCUUCUGCUUCCUCCUCCUCUUCGUCUGGAGCCGGGGCCGGGGGCAGCACAAGAACAACUUCUCAGUGGAGUACUCCUUCCGCAAGGUGGACGGUCCCACCACCACCACUGGCCAAGGAGGAGCCAGAAAGUUCAACAUGAAGAUGAUCUGAGCCUCUCCCAGAAGAGAACCGUUGUCUGCUGCCUGGGCCCGGGCACGGCCACGGCGGAACGGGGUCGAAGGGGUGGUGGGAGCACCAGGGACGUCCCAGGGCUGGUGGCGGGACCUCGCAGUGCUGGGACACAGACGGAGACAUGGCAGAGGUGCCGUGGGCCAGCAGGGUCAGAACCACAUGGACCUUAGGGGCGGGGAGCGAUGGCCAUGGCUGUCCCGGCCCUGUGGUGAGCCCUUGGGGCACAAUGGCUCAGCAGCCGUCGCAGCUCCAGGGGCUCCCGAUGUAGCCAACAUUUUUGCUACCAACUAUGCAUUUCUCUUGCCAAGAGAUCAGCAGCGUUUGGGCCUGGGAAAAAAAAAACCCUGCUUCUUUUUUUUCCCCCAUUCCCAUUUUUUUUAAGAGACUCUCCGGAAAACUUUCCUGGUGGUUGUUUAUGGUUCUCUUUUCUUGUUGUUGGUUUGGGGGGGGGGGGUUGGUCCAAUGAUAUGUUUUUUAAUGAAUAUCCAAGAGAAAAGUCUUCCGGGGCGAUGCAGGACUGGGGUGCUGGGGGAGGUUGCGCUGAGUUGGGGGUCUCCCCCAGCCCCUCGGCAAAGCCGGACCCCCUGGGGCACAGCUGUGCUGUGAUAGCUUCCUGUCGGCAGAUUUAAGACGCAGCAUCUGCAAAUGCGGGUGCCCAGGGAUGCUCCUGCACAAGCAAUAAUAACCCACCCAAGGCCGGGCUCUGAGGAAGUGUCAGCAAGAAAAAAGGAAGAAAAGAAGCAAAAUGAGGCCAAGGUCGCUAAAACCAGAAGGAGCAGCCCCAGGGUGAGGCAAAGCCCUCUGCAUCUGCCCAAGCUGCUGCAGGAGCAGUGAGGGUGAAGGGCUGGGGAGUCGGGAUUCGCGAAGAUGCAAAAGGCACUUUUGGGUCCAUUUUCUGUGGUUUGCAAAGUCCAAGUCUGCAGGAGAGCGGGAGCUGGCUCGUCCUGCACAGGGCAGCGGUGCAGCCUCAGGAAGGGGAGAAGGGCUCGCAGGAACCAGCUGGGGAACCAGUGGCAGAAGCAGACACAGGGAGAAGGUCCCAGCUGGCACCUCCGUCGUGUCCGCCUGGAUCCCGCACCCUCCAGCGCUGAUGCCCACGGGUGGGUGUCCCCGGGCUCCCCUCUCAGGGCAGCACUGUAUGGGUGGGAGAAGGGGCAGAGCUGGCACAGCUGGAAGGGAAGACCCUGGAUGGGACUUAGAGAGGCCAGGGAGCCCAUCACUUUCCUCCUCCUCCUCGUCUGCUCCUCCCAUGUGCACACGCAGAGGUUGCUGCAGGUCCCACCUCUGUCCCCAUUCCAGGGGGAGCAUGUCCCCCACCUGGAUGCCCCUUCUCCAGCCGGCGGCGCUCAGGCUGGGCACUGGGAGCUGGAGAAGGCGGCUGCCCGUCCCCUGCCCGUCCCCUGCCAGGCAUCCCCGGCCCUUUGGGGCUGCGCGGGAGGCAGGAGCUCACCAGGGCUGGGGGCUGGGGCCCCCCCAUGAUCUUUCCUGCGUGAGGCACAAAUUAGAGCAGCUGCUGGGAUCAUCCCCUGCACCCCGUCCUGCUCUUGCACCCACGGGUGUUGGGUGCCCCCAGCUGAGCCCCAGCAGGGUGGGGGGCGAAGGAGCCGGUGGGUGCAGCACCCAGUCCUCUCCAAGGUGCUCCCGGGGCUGCUCCCCACUGCAGCCGGUCACUGCCAGGAUCCAGCCCCCGACCUGGGCGGGGAAGGCUGCCCAGAUCCCCCCAUCCAUCCCCUGCCAUGACCCCCACCGGUGCCCGUGGCCCCCCGCAUGCCCAGUGCCCCCUCGCUCCCCAAGCCGUGCAUGCCGUGUCGUGCCAGGGGUCCCACCGGCCUCACCGCGCACCCUUGUUCGGUGGCUGGGGUGGUUUUUUUUA